CAAAGAAUACGGAUAUCUUUUGUGGUUUAGUUUAUUUUUACUUAUUUAGUAUCUCAUCUGUUUGAAUCAAAUCCACAUUUUGAAUACUUUGAAUCAAACAUCAAUGUUUGAAACCUGAAAUAUAAAAAUAUGGCCACAAUAGAAAAUAAAAGAUGAGGAUUUUAGGUAAAAUUAGUGUUGGGGUUGCAACAGUUCUAAGUGGUUCAUGGUUAACAUCUUUGGCAUCUAAUGACCCAAAAUGGUUAACUUCAACCAUUGAUAGCUAUGCAAAACAAAAAUUUCCUAAAGCAUAUCAUUUUGUCUUAAAUCUACCAACAGGGCCUGAAACAGUGGGAUUUUUGAUCUCUCAUUAUCCAUGCCUUUUCUUGAGACUAACUCAGUAUAAUCAUUGGUUGCUGCAAAUAUUUUGCCAAGAGAUAAUAUCUUUAGCAAUCCUUCCACAAGGUUUCAAUUUCAAUGGAUAUCUUGACGAAAGUACUUCAACACAUACGUUGUUAUUUUUGACAAGGAAUGCCCUCUUGGAUGAGAAUUACCAUGCCAACAAAUCUGAGGUGUUUGAAAAGGAAGAAAAAGAGUUAUGGGUUGCAUUUCAUCAGCUGUUGUUAUCCUUACCAUAUACUGAAGAAUGUACUGAGUGGUUGACACAAUUUGCUUUUCAUGGAGGCAAGACCGGACACAACCUAUACAAGACAAUCUUUUGGCAUUCGGAAGAUGAAGAUAACCUUGAGACAACCUCCUCAGUUGAAGAGAUCAUUUUAUUUAUGAAAGCGUUGCGAAAACAUUCUGAAGUAAAGGAACACCGAGGGUUAAUAAUGGAGAACAAUGGUCUUGAUGUACUGCGUCUAGUCGUCAAGAAUUAUGAUGACGUUCGUAUUACCAGAUUGGUUUGUGCGAUUCUUGGAAAUUUGGCUGUCGACGUGUGCUCUUGUGAUGAUAUGAUUCGAAAAGGUUGGCUGAGAGACCUCCAAGAGUGGAUUAAAUCAAUGGAUAGCAUUGUUAAGAGUCAUUCACUGCGAACUUUGAUGAACUUGGAAAGAAACAGCGAACUUGACGAUGUUUUUGAAGAUGGUAUAUUUGUUGUUGCUCCUGAAACAAACUUUGGACGCGUCGAAGUUGAUCUUGUAUUUUUACAUGGCCUACGUGGGGGUCCAUUUCGGACUUGGCGAAGUAGACGUGAGACAAGUACUGAAACAUGUACAACGGAUUGUUGGCCCAGGGACUGGCUUCCUGUCGAUCUACCUGAAUGCAGAGUCAUUGUGGUUGAGUACGACACAGAAUUAAGUGGAUGGACAUCAAAAUGUCCUGUGCAAUCUGAAGGGUCGACCAUUGAUUAUCGUGUUUCUAAAAUCUUGAGCAAAUUGAUGAAUGCUGGUGUGGGUAAACGUCCUGUUGUGUGGAUAUGUCAUUCUUUGGGAGGCUUAACGGUUAAACAAAUACUCUCGAAUGCCACAAGCUCGUCGGAUUAUUGUUUUUUAUUGGCGAACACCAGAGCUUUUAUAUUCUAUGCUGUUCCACAUAGAGGUUCUGAUAUCGCCUCAAUGGCUGCUGGAAAGGCAAGAUACUUUUUACUGCCUUCAGUAGACGUGAAAGUGCUACAAAAAGACUCACAAUAUCUCAUUGAACUUCAGAAAAACUUCAUGAAACACGUACAAAAAAGGAAAAUAGACAUUUUGAAUUUUGCAGAGACACAACCAGCUAAGAUCAUUCGAAAUACGACCAUUGUUUCAGUUGAUUCUGCAGACAUUGGCAUUGGUGAAUUUGUACCGCUUCUAGUGGACCAUAUUAACGUGUGUAAACCGUGCAGUCGUUCUGAUCCAGCUUAUACUAAAUCAGUGAGUUUCAUCAAACAUGUCAUUCUCCACGAUCAUAUUGACGACUACAUACCAGUCCUUUUGUUUUAAAAGAAACCGAAGGGACCGUUUAUAAGGGGACGUGAUCCAAGAGCUGAAAUCAUCUUUGAUGAGCUGGUCCUCAUAGUUGGCACGACAAAUGACAGGUUCUCGGUGUGGAUCGAUCUCUACUUGAACUUUAUUCCUGUUAGCAUUGUUACUUUGUCGCAGUAAAUUUUUCACGGAAAACUUAUGCUCGGAUUUCGACGAUUGGAUUUGCUGAGCUGUUGAUGACAGUGUUGGUUUUGCCUGACUGCCGCUGGAUUUUUGCAAACCACGAUCGUACAUUAACGACGUAACACUGAAAGGAUGUGUUUGUGAUAGCUGUGGAUAUGACGAGUCGUUUGGGCGGCCUUUCUCGCUCAUCUUUGAAGUAUUUCUUAGUUUUUAUGCCCUCUCGUGUUUUGUCCAACCGAAGUCAGCUAAAUUCAAAAUCAAUCUCUGGACUCCCGAAGAAACGCAACGAAGUGAUACCUUGCCCGCUGCGACAGUAAUCUUUGUUGCAUUUGACGUAAGUUUCCUUUAUAAGCAAGUUUACGGGGUGCCCCGGUAAUUAUGUGCCUUAUCAGUCGAAUUUGCUGUUGAUAAACAUGCUGUGACCGCGAACAAGUAUCCAACACAAUGCCUAAGUGAUUGCCACUGUUCAUUCAAUAACUCAUUUGGCCAAAUGUCAUUGCUUUGUCUCUUCGCCACGGAUGGAUAAUACAUCAUCCUUGCGAACCUCAACUCGAGAAAUCUUGAAAUAGAGAUUCUACUUUUGAUAAUGAUUUGUUUCUGAACUAUAUCAUUUCUACUUGAAGUGGUUUUAUGUAGCUUUAUGCUUGUUGCUGUUUGUAUGACAGACAACAUGCCAUUCAAAAACAACCCAAUCAGUUUUCCCUCGAGCAGAAACUAGUCUUAUCUAUAAAUGGCACCACGAUUUUUUCCAGCCCAGCUCUGCAAAGUAGAUAUUCCUGUCCGCUCAUUUCUACAGAAUCAAUACUAACGAACGUAGUUUCAAAAGUAAAUCAAAGAGUAAAUGUCAAUUUAACGUAAUGAAAAGGAAAACAAAUAAAUGAAAACAACAGGGGUCCCUAUAGAAAGGACUCUAAAGAGCCCACUUAGUUGUCUCAUAUACACAUAUGAAUAGUGAUGUGGAAUGAAUAAUUACCGGAGUGGGUGGCAUGGAGUAUAGAGAAAUAUUUUUUACUGUAAACGCUGCGUCACUUGAUGUUAUAAUGCUAAGAUGAUGAUCAAGAUGCGCAAAAGCGUCGUCAAGAGAGCGAGAACAGAUUAUAAUAUAAAACCAA